AUGCAUGCGUACACCGUCGCCGCACAAGGCGUGGGGAGUGAGUGGGCCCCGAUCCGCAUCAAGGUGUCUGCGAAGGACAUGGACGAUCAGUUGAAGCACUGCCUCCCAGGGAAGCAUUGGCGCCUGGUCGGUAACAGCUGGAAGGAAUGCACGGAGGACAUGAUGUUGACGGAGGCGAAGAAGGACAUUCUUUUGAAGCAACUCCUCCCGGCCGCAAUUAAGCUGCACGCCGAGCGUCUGUACGUGAGGCCCAUGCAGGAUCCCAUCCGUAUGCCAGAGAAAGGUCUAGGGUUGUGCACCGGUUUAAACAUCCCUUCCUGGCACCACACGAUCGGCGUGAGCGGCGCCGACAUGGUUCUCUACGUCGACGCUGUCGUGAGUGAAAGUGCCAUUGCAUAUGCGGCCCCCUGCGUCUUUCUGGAGGACGGACGGACGUACGCUGGCGUCGCGAAGUUUGACUCCCGGCACAUAAAGGCCACUAAUGAAGCUGUUCGCACUGCAGCGCACGAGAUUGGGCACGUUCUUGGGUUUUCGUAUGAUCGCCUGUCGAGGUUCAAUAUGGUCUCCAAGGUCUCCAAUGUGCGCGGGAAGAAGGAGGUGUGGGUGAUUUCUUCACCGAAAGUGAAGGAGCUGGCGAGGAAGUACUACAACUGCCCCACACUCGCGGGCAUGGAGCUGGAGGAGAGCGAUGGUGAGGGGUAUGACAGGAGCCACUGGAAGAAACUCAGCGCAGCGGACGAGUUUAUGAAUCCUGAGGCCCCGCCCAUGUAUUACUCCGUAUUGACGCUUGCGGCAUUUGAGGACAUGGGUGUGUACAAGGCCAACUACGACAUGGCGGAGCCGUUGCGGUGGGGCAACAACUCUGGCUGCAGGCUGCUGAAAAAUAAGUGCUUCACCAAUGGCCGCACCAACUACCCUGAGUUGUUCUGUAAACAAGACAGCAGUGACCGCAAGCUGCUCUGCACGUAUGACCGUCUUUCUCUGGGGAACUGUGGGCUACGGACUUACCUCCAUCCUCGUUCACCGGAGUUUCAGUACUUUGAUAACCCCACACUUGGAGGUUCGAGGCUUAUGGACUACUGUCCGUAUGCUACUGGGCGUGCGGCGUCUGGGUGCACCAACGGCGAUACUAAAUCUAUCCCUGGAAGCUUCAUUGGCUCGAGCUCACGGUGCGUAAAGGGGGAGGGGCUUCUUUAUGAUUACCAAGAGAUUGGCGAUGUGUGCGUGAACACGCAGUGCAGUGGGGGUAAUCUGAGGGUGCAGUUCCUUGGCGACGACACGUGGCACGACUGCAAUGAGGGCGAGAUGGUUGCGCCGUCGGGGGGCAAAUGGAGCGGGGGGAGCAUCCGGUGCCCCAAAUAUGCCGACGUGUGCGCAGCCUUUCCUAACAUCUGGGCCCUCCCAAUACCAGUCGUUGCCCCGCCACUUGCGGGGGAUCCAAACUCUGCAGACACAAAUGAUGAAUCAGGCGGUACUAAUCCUGAGCCCGAUGCUUCACCCUCAACGUAUCCGUCGCACAACACCAAUCCGGAACGCAACCCAACCAGCAUGCGUGGUGAGGUUACUCCGAACCCGUAUGGGAAAAGCAGCGUUGGAGGAAACGGGAAUCGCGGAGGGAAGCAAUCCGGACUCGGUGACACUUCAGUUGUUGCUGUUGGUCUCAGUUCCCUUGCGGUUCUCGCCGUGGCCGUCGCUGUGGCGAUGGCGCCUCUUUGA